AUGUCCUUCCAGAGCUCAUCCGCCUGGGAAGUGGGAAAAUUGCAAAAGGAAGUUGUAAUCAUUCAGACUUCUCUGGAACAGAAACAAUUAGAGAAGCAUAACAUGCUGCUUGAUUGCAAAGUUCAAGACAUUGAAAUAAUUCUUUUGUUGGGGUCAUUGGAUGACAUCAUUGAAGUAGAGGGCUCCAGGUUGGGAACUGAAGCGGAAAGUACCCAGGCAACAACUGAUAUAUAUGAAAAAGAAGCAGCCAUCGAAAUAGACUACAGCCCUCUAAGGGAUGACUUGAAGGCUCUACAGUCGGAUAAAGAGGUGGAGGACCAUCUUACCCUUCUUCUGCAGCAAGUAGCAUCCCAGGAAGAUGUUCUGUUGAAGACAGCAGCCCCCAACCUACGAGCCCUGGAGAACUUAAAGAUUGUCAGAGACAAGUUUCAGGAGUCCACAGAUGCUUUUGAGGCCAGCAGAAAGGAAGCCAGAAUGUGUAGGCAAGAGUUUGAGCAGGUGAAAAAAAGGAGGUGCGAUCUUUUCAGCCAGUGUUUUGAGCACGUCUCCAUCUCAAUCGACCACAUCUAUAAGAAGCUCUGCAGAAACGACAGUGCCCAAGCAUUUCUUAGCCCAGAGAACCCUGAAGAACCUUACUUGGAGGGAAUUAGCUACAACUGUGUGGCUCCAGGCAAGCGGUUUAUGCCAAUGGACAAUCUAUCAGGGGGAGAAAAGUGUGUGGCAGCUUUGGCUCUCCUGUUUGCUGUACAUAGUUUUCGGCCUGCUCCAUUCUUUGUUUUAGAUGAAGUAGAUGCAGCCCUGGACAAUACUAACAUUGGAAAAGUAUCAAGUUACAUCAAAGAGCAGACUCAAGAACAGUUUCAAAUGAUAAUCAUUUCCCUAAAAGAAGAGUUUUAUUCCAGAGCUGAUGCGCUGAUAGGUAUCUACCCAGAGCACGACGAAUGCAUGUUCAGCCGAGUUUUGACCCUAGAUCUUUCUCAGUAUCCAGACACCGAAGGCCAAGAAAGCAGCAGGAGACACCGAGAGUCCAGACAUUCAAGUCUCAUUAGAAAGCAGAGUGCUCUUGAAUACCCACCAGCUCUAGGAGCUGUAACCUGA